AUGGCAAUAGCAAUUUCAUUUAGGAGCAAUUCUUAUUCGAGGUAUCCAUAUCAAAAUAUUAGUUUGAAAGCUGUUCUCAAUCGAAUUGUUAAAUUAUGCAACCCAAAAUAAAACUUAGAAUUUCGAAAUUGUGUUAAAGAUUAGAAAUAAUUCAGGAAAGAUUUUGUAAAUAAGUUGAAUGACUAUUACAAUACAUAACAAUAGGUAUUCAAUAAUAUUGAACAAAUUAGUAACUUUAUGAAAGAAUGAAAUAGAAAUGUAUAAAUAAAAAUGAUGAAGAAUUAAUAGAAUGUUUGUUGGAAUAAAAUAUUAAUUAAAAUGAAAUCAAUAACAAAAUGUAAGAAUUCAAAGAAUGGAGAAGAAGUAUCAUUAAAACUUUGAUCUGA